ACUGCCAUGACCCCAUGCUCUGAUAUUAAUUGGCGUCUUCGUGUUCGUCCCAGUCCAAAUGAUCAACAACAACGUCAACGGUUCAAUGUCUACGCCGUCUUCCGCCUCGAAUGUUCAAUCGCAGGGUCUUAAAACAUACUUCAAGGCACCCGAGGGCCGCUACAAGCUCCAUUCAGAGAAGACUCAUCCAUCCGGCCUCCUUCCUUACGCCCAUGGCAAAUCCGUCACUCAGAUAACCCUAGCGGAGCUUAAGGAGAAGCAGGCGCAACUGCCGCAUCUUUCAAGCACGAGCUACAGCGCGAGCAGUGGAGUCAGGUAUGUUGCAUCUAAGUUUCUUGGAAGUAGCAAUGGAAGCCGAGGGAAUAGUGGUUUGGCCGGAGGAGGGAGUGCAACGAGUAAAGUUAAUGGAGGAGCGAGUAGGAGUGUGUCUCUAGCAUCUAAUGGUUCUCAUUCUGUGAUAAAUCCGAGUUUUGAUGGUAAAGGAACCUUUCUGAUAUUCAACGUAGGGGAUACAUUGUAUACCAGUGACCUUAGUUCACAGGAUAAAGACCCUAUAAAGGCGAUUCAUUUUAGUAGCUCGAAUCCUAUUUGUCAUGCUUUUGAUUCAGAAGCUAAGGAUGGUCAUGAUUUGCUGAUUGGAUUGAGCUCCGGAGAUGUCUAUUCUGUCACUUUGAGGCAGCAAUUACAGGAUGUUGGAAAGAAGCUUGUGGCAGCCCAGCACUAUAAUAAAGAUGGUUCAACCACUGUCAGGCAAGACAGAAAAUGCUUUCAAUUUCUUCUAUAUUUGCUAAUUGUUCAUGAUUAUGGUUAA